CCCGUACAGAUCAUAUCGAUAGAAAAUCAAUCAAAGGUGAUUCAAGAGCGGACAAAGAGUGGAAUCUGACGAGCGCUAAAAUCUGUCACUAUAAUACCAAACUAAUGGUUCUGUUCUGCACGGCUAGCGCUCCACUUGCUGUUGACGAAGAUAUGCAUACGCUGAGGCGUUGAGUCUAAGAUUGGCUUAGGCUCACUGCACACUAACUAAACUGGCUAAAAUGCUGAUUCUCUAAUCGCCUCUUUGUCUCGGAUACCUAGACUAGACUAGGGUUAUUGUGUAAGGCGCCGUACUGUCAAAGUACGCGGCAUAUUGUCGGCGCUCUCAGAUCAGUUAUAUACAAUGCUGUCUCCUCGCUGUUUAUAAUAAUUUAUAUAAUUCAUCCUACCUUCUUUACCUUUACACUCGAUCUGAGCAAUAUGAGCGGUGCAAACGAUAACAUUUCCCCGGAAGAGGGCCCCGCGGCCGAAAGAUUACAGCCUGCUGAUGCUGCUCCAAUUAUCGAUUCAUCGUCGCAGGGAAUCGCAAGCCGUGAUAGUUCGCAGACUGGCAAUUCCUCAACGCUUGUGGCCGAUCAAACUGUUGAAGAGUUUGCAGAAAACAGAAGCAGGGAGCCAGUUAGAGAUACCGGAACUGAAAUCGACCUCAUGCGCAGACGUAUAGACGCUUUGCAACGGAUAUUAGAUACUUCGCGUACUUCGGUACCGGACGUUCGCAAGGAGUUGAAUAUGCCUUCGGGCCUCGAUGAGAAGUUGGGGAACAAGCGGGUGCAUCAGAUUCGCAUUCUGAACAAUAAUCGAGCUUUCGAUCCAUACGCACACGACUUUCCCACUCUUCUGAAUAACGUUUUUACUCGGAGAGCCAGAAACUCGGCCGCUGCUUCGCAGGCCCGAACUCCAGGUGUCGCUUCUCAGACUAGAAGCUCAGGUGCAUUUCUGAUAGCAGCUGUGCGCCCCGCUAUUCAACCGACCGGAGACACGGCCGCUUCUCAAACUACUGAACACGAGGCCCCCGCUCGGAAGACCAGGGACACAGACAGUCAUCUUUUGCAAAUGGCAAUUGACGACGUAGGUACCACGUCCGCUGAUAUCGUCCUGUCAAAUGCCACAUACCCCAAAAGGCCUCUGCAGAAAUCAAUCUGGGACUUUCUCAUUGGAAUACCUAAAGUGGUAUCUAUGCGCAAUGUCAUGAAUAAAGGUACCCGAUUUAAACGAGAGCUCAAAAGCAGAAACGGAUCUAUAGCAUGGGAAGCUGCAGAAGUGAAGCAGGAGUUUCCACCAAUAACUUGGUGUCUUUUGUUUUGGCCUGUGAUUGUACCUUUCUGGAUAGUUUUCUUUGGGACCUUGACCAUACUACAGUUUGUAGUAUGGCGUUUUGGAAGAAAAGCUAUCAAAAUACCAGAGGGUAUCGGAAUCGAGAGUACUAUCCAUAAAAGCAAUAGCUCUGUUGAUGAUACUGCAUUCAUAUUAUUUGUCAAAAACCUGGAAGCAGCAUUGGAAGCUGCUGGUUCUCAGAGCGCAGAGAAUCCAGGCGACUCUCUCUCAAUUCCUGUUGUUCAGGGUAGUCUUCAACUGAGACGGCCAACACUGUCGUCGUGCAAGGAUUUGUCAGUUGCUCAGAUGGAGAACGCCAAGACCAUCAUUCAUAUGUUAUUCAAUAUGUAUCUGAAGUGUUCUCAAAUCCAUUUCCGAAAACUCAAAGACCGUUGGGGUGUGGUUGGCAAGGUUAAGCCGAAAGCGUCUGCAGAAGAAGAUCAAGCCAGGGGAGGGUAUAUUUCUAAGUUUCAGCUGCUCCCACAUACAGAUCAAAUCGAUAAGAUGCUCACGUCGAUAUAUGAAAGCACCAAUACUACUGUGCCCGAGUUAGAUCUCUGUCGCAUAAUGUGCACGCUCAUUAUCAACUGCAUUCCUUAUGCAGAAGUUGCUGAAGUCACCGAUACUACUGAUCGAGGACUUGCAACUCCUGAAAGAACUGAAACAUCCGGACGUACCGGCGCUUCUGGACUCAACGGCUCAAGUCAGGGAACGGGAAGCGGGACUGCAGCCAGUGAACGUUCUGAAGGUUCUGGGGAAAUCGACCCUACUGAAGGCGGUACCAACAGUGCUGCAACUAGUGGACCUGCUGGAGCUUUUGGAAGCAUUGGUAUCUCUAGAGCCGUUGAUAAUACUGAAGGUAAUGGCUCUACUACAGGCCUCGCAGAUGCUGAACGCUCUAGUAAUGCAGGAGGUAACUCAACUCCAAGCAGCAACGGCAUAACUAGGGGCAGCGACACUACCCCAGGCAGCAACGGCACAGCUAGUGGCAGCGACACUACCACAGACAUCACCGCAGAUACCAGCUCUGCUAGUACCGAUGAUAAUAGUCAAACCGAAUACGUUAAGCUUCCAUGGCAUCAGACUGUGCACACUACGAGCUUUCCAAACACCGACACAGAGGAAUUUCUUUCAUACACCAUACCAACGUUUUUGCAUCCAGUAGGCGUGGCGUUCACUGCCGCUAAUACUCUUAUCAGUACCUUUGUGGCCAAAGACAUAUACCAAGUGAGCACGUCAGUGACUGUUGCGUUUGCCAUUAUUGGAAUGUACUCUUCAAUAUUUAUCAGUAUUGGGUCUGCAGCAGUGAACAAUUAUAUAUUUGGUGACAAGUUCACGUACAUGCACUACGCGCCUCUAUCGCAUCGCAAUGUGCGAUGGACUGGAUGGUUGUACUUUGAUACUUAUAUGUCCUUUAUCCGUCGGCAGCACUCUCUUUUAGCAACCUACAUUGAGGGAUCAGAGAGUGGCUACAUUUUAUCCGAUGGAGCAGGCCUGUUGGCAAGUGAUACCACAAAGGUAGUUGCAUCUGACGCCCUUCACACAGUGAAAACUGCAUAUAUCAGUGAUGCCGUACUGGAAAAAAUAGCAUUCCAGCUGUCGGAAACUGAGUACGUUUUGCCGACAGAGCCGAAUACCAUAGUUCGAAAAUUGAAGAUAGGGGAGUCUCACACGACUGCUAAUUCCUCAGACGCACCCUCAGCAUCGCUGUCUACUGCGACCGCAUCUGCCGACCCUCCGAGCAUUCUCUUCCUUUAUGUCUGGGAUUUCGUCCGAACAGUUUUUGAUAUUUUUCUUGGUUGGCUGAUUCCAAUUUUUGAGCCUGUUCCACAAUACCAAAGUCGUUCUCCGAAUGCCGAUGAAGAUGAAAACGGCAUCAAAUUUGAAAAUGGAUGCAGGAAAGCAUGGGAUGCCAGAGAAUAUUUCCGCUGCUUCAAGUUCUUCAAGUGCGGCCGAUGCAAUUCGGAAGAUAUAAACUUCAGUUUGAAGUGCAGCAAAUUGGAUUCGCACAAGGUCGAUCUCCAGAUAGAUUUGCAGAAGUUUCCUAAGAUCAAGUUCUUUCAAUGCGAAACGUGCGAAUCAGGCAGCGUCAAGUUCUUCGAAUGCAACGAGUGCAGAUCAAGCGACAUCAGGUUCUUUGUGAUCGAGAAAUGCAAUCUUCUUGAUAUCAAGUCCUUUACGGUUAUGAAGAAGCAUAUAGAACCAGAUCCAACUGCACCGCAACAAGACUCUGUACUGCAACAAAGAAUUGAUCAUGUCGCUCAUCAAGAUGCUGAGUCUUCUCGCUCUAGGACCCCUCGGAGCAAUAAGAUGUCCCGUCGCCGUCCAAGAACUCCAAUAGUCGAUGAAGAGCAAGGAAUGCUCCCUCAGUCAUCAUUAUUAUCUGACUUAUUAGCGGAUGCCGAAUCCACUGUCAGUAGGCCUCUUGAGCAGGCAGAACCAUCCGGAUCACAGCAGGCUGCGCCAUCGACGAGACGAGCUGCUCGAUCGCCAUUAUUCUCUACUAUGUCUUCUGUUUCAAAUGACCUUGGAAAUCAAGGAACACACUCUCGGUCUGGAACGUUAACAGAUGUUCAGUCUACCGAGAACAGGCCUUCUGGGCAAGCAGAAUCACCACCUGUCCCACUGCGGGCCUCAGCGAUGCAAGCAGCCCCACAGAUCUUCAAUACCAGAGCUUUUGAUUCGAAUAUUAUCUAAUCAACUACUCUCCUUGUUUGGCAAAUGGGUAGAAGGCAGAAUUAUGACCCAGGGGAUAUUGACUACUCUGGCUUGUUUGGUUGAUGGCCGAGAGAUAGAUUGUUGCAUCUUUUGUUUCCCAGUAUAGAGCGAUUCCAUGAACCCAACAAUAUAAGCCAAUUUGUUUCAAUCUCUGUCGCAAGCACGACACAAGCCUCUAUAGCAGCUGGCGUAUAUGAA